AUGCUCCUGAUUUGGCUGGGAUUCAUGCCUGGGCUCCUCUGUGCCUCUUUGCAGAUGGAAACCAAUGCAGAUGAAAUACCAUUCCGGAUGGACUCUGUGAUCGCAGUUCUGGAAGACAUGGAGUCCCAUGUCGAUGGGACCCCGGAUUUGCCUGUGAUGGAGCUCUUCCGAGAACUGGAUUGCAAGAGAGAGUUUUGUCAGCUCUCCCCAGCACCAGUGACAUCCACGCCCUUAAAUCUGCCUUACCUGAGUGCCAAACAGAGAUAUUUCCUCAAACACCUGGCGAAUCACCAGGUGGAUGGCUCCUGGACAGAAGGUGGGGCGGUACUGACUCCUGAUGGGACCACCGUGUCACUGAGCCCCCUGCUGGGUGGGAUAGUCGGUGGUCUCAGGAGGAGGGGGCAUGAGGUGGCUGAGCUUGCCACGCCUUGGCUCACAGAGCCCCCGUGCAGCAGCAGUCCCCUAGAGCCCUGCCCCGCUCUGGACCCCCUCCUCGCCACUCUUGCCGAGAACCUCGCUGUAGCCUUUUCCCUCUUCCACACUGGGCGGAGUGAAGCGCUGCUGGGUCCCAACGGCUGCUGGGACAGCCUCUCCGCACCCCACAAGUUCACCUUGUCAGGCCCCCCCUCACAUCUGCCCGAUGCUUCCAUCAAUGGCGCAAUGGAUGGGGUGAUCCUGGGCACUUACUUGGCAGAGAAUGCCAGCUUACCAUCCAACAUCAGCACCCUGCUUCGUGAAUACUACGCUGGAGAGGGUCUGCCAAGGGGAAACCAGACCCGAAGCAACUUCCGGCGAAAACACUUUGCGGCCCUAGUGAGCAAGGAGAAACUAAGAGGGCAGCUGGAGAGCUCUCUCUGCCUGCUCCAGCACCUGCACGACGGCCACCCCCUCCUCGGAGGCAUCGGGAAGGAGGAUCUGGCUUCCCGUGUCAGCCAGGCAGUAGAAGAGUUCAUGGUGUUAUAUGUAGAGUGCCCAGCUAUCAUUCCAAAAUGCAUGUGGGAGGCCCGGCCCUACCGAGGAACACCGACCCAGCUUCAGCUGCCCUUAGGCUUUGUCUACAUCCACCACACCCACAGUCCUGGAAAGCCAUGCCGAACCUUCCCAGAGUGCGCUGCUGACAUGCGCUCCAUGCAGCACUUCCACCAGGUGGCCCGUGGCUGGGACGACAUCGGCUACAGUUUUGUUGUUGGGGGUGACGGCUACAUCUACCAAGGCCGAGGCUGGCACUGGAGAGGCGCUCACACCCUGGGGCACAACAGCAAGGGCUUCGGAGUCAGUUUCAUCGGAGACUACAUGGAGGCCCUGCCUGACCCCUUUACCCUGGAGCUGGUGAAGGACAACUUCAUGCGAUGUGCGGUGAAGGGGUCCCGGCUGAAGGCCAACUACACGGUCUACGGGCAUCGCCAGCUGGUGCCCACCUUGUGCCCCGGAGACAGGCUCUUCCAAGAGAUAAAGACAUGGAACGGUUUCAAGGUGAGGUGCUUCAUGAAGGACGGCAUUCAGCACUGCAUUUAA